CUUCUUCCUCACACGACAACCUUCAAUUGAAUCGUGCACUCCCCACAAGAUGGCAGGCCUCUUCCAAGCUUUCCUCGGAGGCUCCAAGCCAUCUGCAUCCCCAAUCCCAGCUGGCGAUAAUGACUUCGCCGACUUUGCUGGAGCUCCAGAGCCAACACCUGCUGCUUACUCCGCUGCCUCUUCAGCCAGCUUCAUGGGUACCGGUGCAGCUCCUACAGGCGCAGCUGUCCCUUACACCAAAUGGUACAACAUCCACGAGCGUCACUCCCUGAGCGACUUCAAGCAAGAGGCUGUGAUCAUUGCUAUGAUUGCUGUGAUUGUUACGAUACACAUGGUUGGUACAGGCGCGAACCGAAGAAAGGCUAAGGCUUGGAUUACCGCGCAUGCAUCAGUUCUACAAAAGGAGUUUGCGCUGGUCGGAUUUGGUGGCCGAAAGGCUCCAACCGUAGACGAGGUCGAAACUGAAGGCUUGGCUAAGGCUACAACCCUCGAGCUCCCAGAAGAGCUAUUGAAGGAGAAGGCUCCCAACGAGUUCUCGACAUAUGCGACUGGCAGACAGAAUGUUGCAUUCGUCGAUGUCAACCUUACUCUCUACAAGCGAUACAGCCCAAUCACCAUGCUCUUUGAGUUCAUCUUCAGCUUGUUCUUCGAGAGCUUGGACGCACCUGGCGAGAAGAUGGAGGCUGUCCUCUACCCCUUCGAUGGGCGUGAGGCUCUCACUGUCCCUGGCCAGGUCCCUGGAGCUCACGAGUUGCGCAAGGAUACCAAGAGCAGCUAUGAUGGUUUCGUCUGGGCUAUUGUGAACAAGGAGACUAUGAAGGGACUUCGCGAAUCAAGAUAUGAUGUCUCAAUCACUACUACCAAGGACAGCGCAAAGCUUCCCGCAUGGGCUACCGUCAUGAGCGAGAGCGCAGAAAUCACCGAUUUCCUUCUCACUCCUGAGCUCAUCAAGGCUGUUGAAGAUGCCGGGGAGUAUCUGAACCACUUGAUCAUCACUGACCAGCCAGUUGAUCAACCAUUGACACUCGAGGACACCACCCCAAAGAAGCGAAUCUACCUAUCCAUCCGAACUCCCUCUUCCGGUGAUUAUUCCAGCGUCCUACCGCUCUUCCAAUACUUCAUCCGCGUCGCCGACAUCCUUGUCCAAUCUGCCCACUUCCGUCCUGAAGUCCUGCGCAAGGUCCGCACCACUCGCGAAGAUACCAUCCGCAAGCUCCAAAAGGCUGGUGAAGACGAGAAGGCUGAAGAGCGAAAUCUCGAGCGCGAAAAGGCCAAGAAAUUGAAGCGUGAUCUCGAGCUCAAGGCUCUGGAUGCCAAGGGACAGAAGAAGUACCUGGAGAAGGAGCGCGAGAAAGAGAUGCGAAAGAACCAGAAGAGACAGACCCAAAAGGCUUAAGUGUCUGAUGGUGGAUCGAUUGUGGAUCUCGUGGUAAUAUUGUGUCGGGUAUUGUGUAUGGUAUAAUGAUUGGCGGUAUAAAAAGUCUUGCAUCGCGGACGGCAUUGUUGACGAUCUUGGUGUAUAUUAUUUGGACCUCCUUCUUGUAUCCUGUACUAGCACAUACUACGAUGACAAGUUUCCUUUCAUCCUCACUGUACCCCUAAGACCAGGCCGUUCCUGCUGAGGUGAAUGUAGUGGCCCACGCAUCCAAGUGGGAGAAUGCCAGUGAGGAUACAUCACUCAAGACUAUGCCUUAGCCAGACGCUUCUCCGUACAUAUGAUUAGUGACCAAGAAAGCCAAAGUCGGUUUUCAAGCAUCAUAGUAUUGAAAUCGCAUAUUUUGAAAUGCUUGAACAGUGUUGGUCUCUCCCAGCGCAAGACAUCAAUACACAAUUUCCCAUCCAUACUCUUUCAGAUGGCUUGCCACAGUAGGUAAAACGUAAAUUUUUAAUCAUCAACUUUUCGCAGCCUCAUUCGUAAACUCCCAGUAGUAUCACCGCAUUACUCGUCAAGUCGUACAGUCGUCCCUCCCUCCCCUCUUU